UCGCAGACUCGAUCGGGGAAGGCCUCUUCCCCAUUUUCAGUUGAUGGGUUAUUAGGAUUACGCUUAAGCGUACUUACUUACCUUAUGAAUACCUUAGUAAUUAAGCAGGUUUUCGACUACACCAAGCCCAAGAUAAGAUAACGAAGAGUAUGAAUAUACAUGACGGUAUGAAUAUUUUGCAUAUGUCGCCAUUUUAGACCUUGAAAUUUGGUUAUAUAUACACCUGUCUUGGAACUGUUGCCAUCAGUACCAAUGCCAGUUACUUAUCAAUGGGUGUCACCAUCACGCUGGUUUCUAAAUUGUUUGGGUUAAUGUGUGUGUAUGCCGGCGUCCGUUCCGUGUCGUCCGACGACGGAUACGGCACGGAAUGGCUGUGCUACUACGACGAGAACGGAACCGAACACACGAUGAACUUCUCCGCGCUGCCGGACGAUUCCGACGGCUGGAUAUUCGGAGGCGUAUAUUUUUACCUCUACACCAGGAACAACUCAAAUGAUCCAGAACUCUUGCAAACAGAAAUAAAUGGUCAAACGAAGAGCCAGUAUUUCGACCCCUCAAGAGACACCAAAGCAUUGACACACGGUUGGAGAGGUAGCGGCAAUGAUACUUGGAUACAGAUUCAGAAGACACAUUUCUUAGACAGAGCCGAUUUGAACGUUAUAGUAGUGAAUUGGCAUGAGCUGGCAAAGAACCCGAAUUACGUGUGGGCGGCGUUAUCCACGCGGUACGUGGGUAAGCAGCUGGCGAAGUUGCUCAAUUCGAUGGUCGACAACUUUAAUACGACGGGAGAAAAAAUGCAUUUGAUAGGACACAGCUUGGGAGCACAGGUCAUGGGAUACGCUGGAAUGUUUUUCAGUAAAAAUAUGUUUAGAAUUACCGGGCUAGACCCCGCUCGCCCGCUGUUCGAAUUACCCCCAAUGCCUGACGAAUACCGUCUGGACAGAACUGACGCCAUGUUCGUAGACAUCAUCCACACGGAUGGAGGCUUCUUCGGGUACAAAGAGAGCCACGGGCAAGCGGACUUCUACCCCAACGGGGGAACAUCUCCGCAGCCGGGAUGUGAGGGAGAGGAUCGGGGACACGUAGAUUCUUGCAGCCACAGUAGGUCGCACGAGUUUUUCGGAGAAUCAAUUCAAAGCGGCGUCCCGUUCACUUCCUACCUGUGCGACGACUUCCAAGGCUUCGAGAAUGGCGAGUGCAAGGCCAACACGUCCAGCAUGGGCGAGCCAGCCCAACCCAGAUCAGAGGGAAACUACUAUCUGCAUACGAGAAACGAGUCUUUGUACGCGUUGGGAGACGAAUUCUAGAAAAUAGUAAAUUUCCACACUAUACACAUAUUGUGGUCUAUUUACUAUUUACAAAAUUAUAACUUAAGAUGCCUCAUAGAAUUUUGAAAUGUCUUACCUACCUAUUGUAUUGGGGUGAAAGGUAUAUGGGGUUACUUUCAUAGUUAACACAUUAUUCUUUAUUUACUCGAAUUGUUCGUGUAAUUAUUGACAUUACUAUGAAUUCAUAUUUACUUACAAUUAAAAAUCCUACCUAAAAUAAUGGCUUAAAAACUGGAAUUUCAAAGUAGAGUGACUGCCUUUCAUAGCUAUACCCCAUUAUACGG